AUGGAGCGUGUCAGUACAGCAGCAGAUAAAAAUCCCUCCAAAAAUGGGUUAUUUACAGUUAAAUCGGCAUACCACCUUUUGUGUAACAGAAAGGACAUUGGCACAAGGGCCACGGCUUCUUCGUCUUCUGAUAUAACCCCAUCCCAAGUCCUUGAUGAGGUCUGGAAGAAAAUUUGGUCCUGUAGCUCCACCCCUAGGAUCCACAACUUUCUCUGGAGAUCUUGUGCGAAUGGAGUGGCGACAGGUGAGGCUUUGGCUAGAAGGAAAGCCCAGAUUGAUCCAUCGUGUUUCAGGUGUGGCCAUCCCUCAGAAUCCAUUAAUCACAUCCUCCUCGAUUGCCCGUUUGCUCGUGCAACCUGGUGCGGCUCCCCCCUCUCUUACAUUCCCCCCCAAGCUCCACAGCUAACUCAGCUUAUCCUACAAUGGAAUCGCUUUCGGACUACAACUAAGAAGGAGGGUAGAGAGAGUGUUGGCCUCAUCGGCUUCAUCUGCUGGAGCCUAUGGAGAAGCAAGAAUGAAGCUAUUUUUAAGGGCCGUAUUAGAUCCCCUGAGGAGGUUAUUCGGGAAGCCAACCUUCAAGCCUCGGAUUUCCAGCUCCUGUUCUUCCCUUCCCUGCGGCGCUGCGAUCUGCCCCAAGCUCCCCCGAUUUAUUGGUCUCCUGCUCCUAAUCCGACUAUGAAGCUGAACACUGAUGCAUCUCUCAACAAUGAACGAGGGGGCCUUGGCUUGGUCCUCAGAAAUUACCAAGGAAGACCAACGAAAGCAUGCUCAAUCCCUGCUACCUUCACUUCAUCUUUAGAAGGGGAGGCCUUAGCUCUCAGGGUUGGUCUACUACACAGCAUUGCUGAGUGUGUCGAUGACCUUGUUGCUGAAAUGGAUUGCAAGGAGUUGGUUAACUUCUUCUCCAACAACCCCACUCCACCUCCUAUCCCCCUUUUCAAUGUAAUAGCAGACAUCAAACACCCAAUCUCCUCUUUUAGGUCCUGCACGGUCCUCUUCAUCCCCAGGGAGAUUAACAGCAUGGCUGACUCCCUGGCUCGGAAGGCCACGUCUCUAACGUGCGAGACUACUAUGCCGCUUUCCACUCCCUGGUUAUCUUCUCUUCGUAACCAAGACACCUUGUGUUGGGCACGUUAUACUAAAUAA